GUUUCAGUGAUGAAGAUUACGAGAAGCCUUUCUUCAGGAACCACUCUCUUGUGGGGAAGAAGGAGCCCUUUGUUCUCUCACCUGCAGGAGAAACACCUGUUGUACAGAUUCCUGCUACCAUCAACCGUUACCUGCGCGACUACCAGAGGGAGGGAGUGAAGUUCCUGUAUCGGCAGUACGAGGCUGGAAUGGGAGCCAUACUGGGGGACGACAUGGGGCUGGGGAAAACUGUCCAGGUGAUUUCCUUCCUGUCUGCUGUGUUGGGAAGAACUGGGACGAGAGAAGACAUCACCAACUUCAAGAAG